UCUCACACUACAUUUUCUUGCUCUCAAAAUCAAAGAUUUCUUCUAAUGGCGAAUUUCACUCAUCUUCCCAUAAUCCCACCACCACGGUUAUUCUCACUUUACGCCGGCGACCUCCACCACCAUGUUACCGAACGCGAUCUUUACACCCUCUUCUCCAUCAUCGGCCCCGUUCACAACAUUCAUCUCUUUCGACACCCUUUCUCCCACAAAUCCCUUUGUUAUGCCUUCAUCCAUUUCUACUUCCCUCAUUACGCUGCUGUUGCUUUGAAUAGUUUGAACCACAUUGAAUUAAGAGGGAAACCCAUCAGGCUAAUGUGGGUUCAGAGGGAUCCUGUGUUGAGAAAACUGGGAAUUGGGAAUCUGUUUGUGAAGAAUCUUGAUUCGUCGGUUAACGAUGCUGAACUGCAAGAGGUUUUUGAGGUGUUUGGAGUGAUUAGUUCUUGUAAGAUUGCUAGAGAUGGUGAUGGAGUGAGUAAAGGUUUUGGGUUUAUUCAGUUUUGUUCGGAGUAUUCGGCUUCGUGUGCUCUCUCGGCUUUGAACGGGUCUGUUCUUCAUGGAAAGAUUUUAACUGUUGCGAAGUUUCUGAAGAAAAGCGAAAGAAAGGAACCUCAGUUUACAAACGUGUAUGUGAAGAAUCUCGAUAAAGAUUUCACCGAGAGUUCUUUGAGAGAAAAGUUUUCAGAAUAUGGAAAGAUCACAAGUGCGGUAAUCAUGAAUGAUGCGGAAGGGAAGUCAAGAGGGUUCGGAUUUGUCAAUUUCGAGUCGCAUGAGAGUGCUAUGAAGGCCAUCGAUGGUCUAAAUGGUGCAGAAAUCGGUACGAAGAAAUGGUUUGUUGGAAAGGCCAUGACGAAAUCUCAAAGGGCGGAGUUUUUAAGGCGUUCUCAUGUAAAACAGAAACCGAACGUUUCAAAUCUGAUUGUGCGAAAUCUUGCUAGUUUUGUAACCGAAAACGAUCUUAAACAAGUGUUUGGUGCUUUUGGUAAUGUCACUUUUGUUAAAGUGAGUUAUAGAAACGGUGUUAGCAGCGGUAUGGCAUGCAUCUGCUUCUCCAAACCUGAAGAAGCAAGGAAAGCUAUCGCUUUUCUUAACGGUUGUUUUUACAAUGGAAAGUACAUGAGUGUGUCGUUGGCUUGGCAUAAAGAAGAACAAGCGAAACACUUGCAAACGCUUUUAGCCUUACGAUAUAAGCCCCCCGUUGCUUAUAAGGUACCAAACUUACAGAAGUUGGAGGAAAAGAAGGUUCGGAAAGAAGUUUUAGCGAAUAAAGAAAGUUCUUGUGAUUGUGAUGUUGAUGGUUUUGUUUUAGUAGACAAGCCUGCCGGUAACUCAGAGUGGGAUGUGUAGGUCAGUAUCGGUUUAGUUGUUUCGAUGAAUAUACAAACAAAUGCAUGUAAAUACGAAAGUGGGAUCUUCGUAUAAAGUCUUGUAAAUGAGUUUAAAAAUUACGUGUUUUGACCCGAA